AUGUUAGUUAACAUUAAAUUUGUAUUUACUGGUUUGGCAAUGCUGCUGGUGAAUGCCCAGUGUUCCAUUGUGAGGAAGAUUGAAGAUAAGGAGUUAAAAGAUCCGGAACGCUCUAAGAGGGAAUCAAUAUUUUCUUCUCCUUAUUAUGAUGUCAUGACUCACCAAGCUGUACAGCCUGCACCUGGAACACAACAGCCUCCUCAACAGCAACAGGGCUUACCCAUAUUGGGUGCUUUAGUUAGCAAUGUACCGGGUUUGAAUGGUUUAAGCUCAACUUUAACUACUUUAGUACCUUUGGGUAAUCUUGGUGGUUUGGGAGGUUUGGGUAAUUUGGGUGGCUUGGGCAAUUUGGGCGGCUUGAAUAAUUUAGGUCUGGGUAAUUUAGGUAAUUUGGGAGGUUUAGGUGGUCCCGGUGGCUUGGGUAAUUUAGGAGGUUUGGGUGGUUUAGGUGGUCCUGGUGGCUUGGGUGGUUUACCCGGCUUAGGUGGACUUUUCCCGGGUCUUAAUCGUUGUCCUCUAACGCAAACUUUAAAUUGUCGUUGUGAAAAUAUCAUACCCUUACCUGUUGCACCCCCACCAGCAGCUGCACGAUCAAAUGGUUUGGAGAUUUUACAACAAAAUAUGAAAUUAAAUUUAAAUGGAGAUAAAGAAAUAAGUGCUCGCUUAAGUAAUGGCAUCUUACUCUAUCAACGUUCCGGCAUUGAAAAACUUGCCAACAAUCAAAACUCUAAAGUUAUACAAGGAUAUUAUACGCUAAAGCUGGAGGAUAAGAAAUACUUAACCAUUUAUUAUACCAUUAAUGACUUGGACUAUACAGUCAAAGCUGAUGUUACAACAGAACCUCCCCAAAACGAUUUAGAUGCAUCGACAGCCACCGUAUAG